AUGGUCAAGGGGAGAUAUGUCGGACAAACUCACUGGUUACACUCGGCUGUACUUUUUCCCAUUGCGAUAUAUUGGCUCGACCAACAGGAACGAAAAAAGUCGAAAUGUUGGCAAAUCAUGCAAGAUUGCAAGUCUAUUGCAAGAUUUAUCAAGCUACAAUGGUCGCCCCAGCCUUUGACUGGGUCUUGCGGGAGAUCUCUACCGAUGAGAACUCUUGCUGACCAACUGAUUAGCAAUCAUCUGCGCACGUUUGAGACGGUGUACCGUGUGUUUCACGUACCUACUUUCAUGGAUGAGUACAGCCGCUUCUGGAGUGAUCCGAAUGAUGCUAGUGACUCGACAACAAUAAAGAUCCAGCUUUGUCUAGCUAUUGGAGCCUCAUUUCACGACCACCAAUUCUCCCUACGCACGAAAGCAUUGCAGUGGAUCCACGAGGCAAGCAGCUGGCUUACAAUGUCAGAGAAUAUGUGGUUUUCAAUCAGUGGGCUUCAGAUUAUGUGCCUAAUCCAGCUUGCACGACUGAAUGUCAAGGCAUUCAGCGGUGACCAAGUAUGGGUUUCGGCGGGUACAUUCUUCAGAACCGCUAUAUCCAUGGGGUUGCAUCUUGACCCGUCGAUACUGCCUAAAAUGUCCGUCUUCCAGGCCGAGAUGCGCAGGAGACUCUGGACAACAAUUAUCGAACUCUCACUCGCAGCUAGUGUAGAAGCAGGCGCGCCCCCCCAGAUUUCCUGUCGAGAUUUCAACUGUCAGUCUCCGUCAAACCUGAAUGACAGCCAGCUCAAUGCAGACGCCAAUAACAUCCCCAUCCCGGCUGCGCCGCACCUUUUCACAGACACGUCCCUGCAGAUAUGUUUCGGCCGCUCCUUCAGCACAAGACUAGCGAUUGCAGACAUUCUAAACCGCCCCCCUUCGUCCCCUGCGACUUACGAGGAAAUAUUGAAGUUUAGCACAGAGCUUUCUCUUUGCUGUCGAUCUCUAGCAGACAGCUUAUGCUCCUUCGGAAACGCCGUUUCCGAUUUCCAGAGGCGACUGUGCGAAAUGCUUACGCAGCGCUAUUUCAUCAUAUUACAUCUUUCGUACACUCCGCUCGCCUCAACUGAGCCGUUAUACUAUUUUUCAAGGAAGAUGUGCGUUGAAACAGCUCUGAAGCUUUUAUAUCCUACGCUCCAAGCUUCGCUAGAUGGCGAUCCGACCCUUGCAUCCCUUCACGCCGCGAUAGACAUUGGACCUAAAUGUGAAGAAUUUCAGCGUUUGAUGAUUUGCGGCUCAGGCCCGUUUCGGUCGAUUCCAUUUCAAUGUAUCAUGAGCAUUGCAUCCGAGUUACUAGCCGUCCUUCAGGAGUCGCGUCCCGAACCGUCGCAGUUCUGUACCGCCUCUGCCCCACCGUCCUCGGCCAUCAUUCGAGCAAGCGCCAGCAAUAGUCUUCGAAACCUUGAACUAUGUUUGCUGUUACGUGCGGCUGUUUCGUGGAUGGAAAGUCGCAUUCUAGCCGGCGAGACAAACGUCAAAGACUACUUAUUCGUCAACAUACUAUUAGCACAUGCUGAGGCCCUCAUGGGAGCCCUGUCUCCCAGUGAGGUAAUGCAAAGAAAAGCUGCAGAAGCCUUGCCGCAUGCUGCUGCUAUUCUAAGGGGAAUGAAUGGUAGCGAGACCAAUUGUGAGACGCCUGUUACCGAAGAGUACGGACAGGGCGAUAUCCAUAAUCUUUGGACAAAUGAGUGUCCUGAACUAGGGUACGAGGAUCUCCUCUCCAUGAUGGGGACAAUCGUAGAGGAGUUUUAG